AUGCGUUUUCACCUUUCAUCCUUUUCCUUGUUCACCUUGGCUACUUGUUAUUUGACCACUGCCAUCUCGUCCGACAAAGUGAUAGAGCAAAGCAAUCGCCAGUUGCUUCGGCAACAGUACAAAGGAUGCUUUCGCGACAAUAGAGCAAGGAGGGCAAUGGAUUAUUUUCAUCAGCGAUCCGGUUCCAUGACGGUUGGCGACUGUGUGUAUGCCUGUCGCGAGCUUGGCCAUGCAUUUGCUGGCCUCGAGUUUUCUUCCGAAUGCUACUGUGGCAAUACUUAUGAUUCCAUUGGCAUGGCCAACAAUUGCGACAUGACUUGUGAUAGCGGAGAAGAAGAGUGCGGUGGUAGCUUGGCCUUGAGUGUCUAUGCCACCAAUCAAGAAAUUUAUGGUGACGACUACACAUCGUCUCCCACUGCAACUCCUCCAGACAGCUACAAAGGUUGCUGGAAUGAUGCAUUGGAUCGUGCCAUGGAAUAUGAACACAAGUCCUUCCAAGGUUUCUUGACACUUCCCAAAUGUAUCGAUGCCUGCACUGAAUACGGCGCAAAAUUCGCAGGUCUCGAAGUGGGUCGCCAGUGCUUCUGUGGCAAUGAAUAUGAGAAGCAUGGACCUGCUGACAACUGCAACCGCAAGUGCGAUGGCUUGGCUUGUGGCGGCGACUGGAGUCUCAGCGUCUAUGAGACGGGAAUAAGCGAUGGCUCCAUGCGGCAAGCUCGGGGCCAAGGAACAUCACAGUGUAUUGCUACUGGUUGGGGUGACCCUCAUGUCGUCACUUUUGAUGGACUUUUGUACGACGUUCAUGUCCUGUCGGAAGUGACAAUGCUCAAGUCCAAGAACACUGACUUUCAGAUUCAAGCACGAUUGGAAGCGGUUCCUGGACAAAAGGGUGAUCCAGCAGUCACCACGGGAGUGGUUGUGCGAGAAGCCGAUGCUACGUUGCCCACCAUUCAAGUAUCGUUGGCCCAAUCUUCCAAUAGUGAACAGGCGGUGACCUUUCUGGAUGACUGCCAUGUUCAACUGUUCGUGAAUGGGAGAGAUAGAGACAUUACCACAGGCUCUGGUCGAGACGAUGCUAUUGUGAUUGUUCGGAACCGGUUGGUCAAGGUAGAAUAUCCAAGCACAAACUUGGUAUUGGACAUUGAGAUCCGAAGUUGGAGCAAUACUUGUCACUUGUCCAUCGAUUACAUUCUCAUGGAUUGCCGGCCUGACGAUGAUUUGAUUGGAAUUCUUGGAUCACCUGACGGAAAUAGAACCAACGAUUGGAUGAAUGAACAUGGUGAGCCAGUAGAAAUACCAAAGGGAGUCGAUGAACAUUUCUUCAAGCCUGCGUAUGAGUAUGCCUUGGAGCAUUGGUGCAUUGCCAGGGAAGAAGACUCCUAUUUUACUUACGAAUCAGGAAAGGAGUUUUCUGAUUACGAAAACUGUGGUAAAGACUACAAUCCAACGUUGGAAAACAUCAUCAACGAUGCCAAGCAGGAUGAGAAUAACGAAAACGUCAAAAUAUGUGGGGAUGAUAUCGGAUGCCUGAUUGAAGGAGAAAUCUUGGGUACCGAGGCAGCCAAGGUAUACCUAGAGGAACCAGCGAUUGUUUCGCUUCCUCCUCCCACGAGGAUGCCAACCAAUGGACCUACCAUUGCUGUUCAACCUUCCAGCAUACCGACGCUUGUGCCAGUACCAUCAGCUGAGAGUGAAAGCAUAUCACUUCAAGAAAUUCCAAAAAUCCCACCUUCUGGAAGCAUGGGAGAUCCCCAUUUCCGCACUUGGCACAAUGAACAUUUUGAAUACCAUGGGCAGUGCGAUAUGAUCCUCGCCAAGGAUCCCAACUUUGCUGAUGGCCUUGGGUUGGAAGUCCAAAUCCGAACCAAGCUCGUUCGUUUCUGGAGCUACAUCAAGGCUGCUGCCAUUCGUAUUGGAGAUGAUAUCUUGGAGUUGGAAGGUGUGGUGACUAAUAGUGGUGGAAACAUAGAUACAAAAUACUGGAUCAACUUUCAUCAUAAAGGGGAGCUCACAACUGUUGGAGGAUUUCCUGUGACCCUUCACGCAGGCAGUCAUGACAGACGUACUCUUACCAUUGACUUGGCCAGUCAUUUCCCCGGUCAAAAGAUUGUCUUGGGCACCUAUAAGGAGUUUGUAAAGGUGGACUUUGUCAAUGCAUCCGUCGAAUCUUUUGGAAAAUCGAUUGGUAUAUUGGGAGAUUUCCGCAGCGGCAAGACUAUGGCUCGUGAUGGUAAGAGAGAAUUGCAUGACUUUCGCAAGCUUGGUCAAGAAUGGCAAGCCCUUCCUACCGAAGACAUGCUCUUUCAUAAUGUCGAACAGCCACAAUUUCCCAAAAAGUGUAUCGAGCCAGAAGAUCCUCGAGGCCAACGUCGCCGCCGACUCUCCGAGAGUACAAUCGCGGAAGAGACUGCCGAAGCCGCUUGCGCCAGUUUGAAGGAUCCACUUGAUCGCAAGGACUGCGUCUACGAUAUCUUGGCAACACAAGACAUGGAAAUGGUUGGAGCCUACUGA